AUGCAAACACGGCGAGCGGCAGGCAGCAGCUCUGUGGCUGCCGUGUCUGCAUCUCCCGUAUUAGUAGCUCCAGUUCCAUCAUCUAAAGUUGCCAGCAAGAAGCGCACGCGACGCCAAUGCUCAAAUCCCGACUGCACCAAAGUAGACGCUGGCGGAGGCUUCUGCGUGGCUCAUGGAGGCGGCAAGAAGUGCUCGUUUCCUGGAUGCACUAAAGGUUACCAGACCGGAGGCUUCUGCAGACAACACGGCGGCGGUGCUCGCUGUCAGGUGGAUGGGUGUGGAAAGGUGGACGCUGGUAGGGGUUUAUGUCGAGCGCAUGGCGGAGGCAGAAGGUGCCAGAUCGCUGAGUGUCCGAAGGCUGAUGUUGGUGGAGGCUUUUGCACAGCCCAUGGAGGCGGUAAGCGCUGUUCCGAGCCAGGAUGCACCAAGAUUGACCAGGGAGGAGGCAAGUGCCGAGCACAUGGUGGAGCCAGACGAUGUCGACGACGCAACUGCCAGCAGCCAGCUCGAGGCUCAACGGGCUUCUGCACAGAACAUGGUGGUGCACGGGUGUGCUCUGUGUUGAGCUGUAGAAGACUGGUGCGCUCGCCGAAUGAUACUGGAACGAUGUGUGCGACGUGUGCAAGGAGUCAAAAGCAGAGAUCAACAGUAAAGCCCACGCAGGACGACACCAGCGAUCACUCCAACGAGAGUCCACGAAACAGUGCGAUACCUACUCCAGAAGGUUCGGGUGCGUCAGUCUUGGCGCCAUUCCCACCAUUGUCUCCAAAUUCAGCGAAUGCGCGCUGUGACGGCUCUCAAGUCGCCAACUGCUUGGACAAUGGCUGCGCACGUAGUUUUGGAGGCGCUUGCAAUUGUGUCAAGGAUUGUACUUGCAAUAGUCCAACCUCGCUGCCUACGCCACGAAUGGCUCCAAUGCUGGUGAGUAGCAACACCAUCACACGCGUUGCAUCCACGAGUCAGAAUAUGAGCUCCAGUGUCGGCGAAUUUGAAUCUCUUGUCGGCUCAUUGGCGCCAAGAGCAACCAUGAUGCGGCGAUAUGUUGUUCAGGUCAAGCCACAUUCAAGUUUAAUGGGUGUCGAGACCGUAAUGGCGGUGUUGGCAACAAUAGCAGGAGUGCGGAGUGUGCAUCUGAUCCCAGAAAGCUCUGCUCGACCUUCUUCUACUACGGAAGUGGCAAGUGAUUCUAAGCCAAACGCAGUCCGAUCAUCACGACUUAUAGCGGUGCGUGGAGGGCCAUCAUUAGACCUGGACACGAGCUUGGCACCCCUGAAAAAUCUCCAGAUUACCGAGGUCAACGUCAUUGAACAGUCAACAACUGCAUGGACCCGAAAAGAAGUGGUGCUGCGUGUGCCUGACAUGAUGUGUCCUGCAAACUGCGGUUCGUCGGUGCUCAAUGCAGUCCGAGCUCUUGAAGGCGUGGAGGCAGCUAGGCUGCGCUUCGAGCACCGUCAAAUUGUUAUACGUGGAGAUAUGACAGUCGAAGCCAUUCGGACUGCUGUAUCCGACAUUGGGUUUGACUCGGAGGUGAACGCAGAGACUCCACUGCCCCGUCGAUUUAGAUUCCGUGUCGAUGAUCUGGGUGACGUGGGUUUAAACGGCGUUAAACUCAAAGAUGCCUUGAUGGCUGUGGAAGGUGUUGAGAACCUCGUGCUCUUGACGGAUCGUGUUGAAGUUCUGGUAGUGGCGAUGCUAUUGAGCGCGAACCCGCUCGUGAAAGCUGCAGAGCGUGUUGGUUUUGAGAUGCUGGAGCUGUCAGAAGAAGCGUGGGGGAUUCCGAUGGAGAUUGUGCCAGCUUCAUCGAACGAUGCAGGAUCCAACUCAACAAGUGAGUACUAUCAAUCUCACAAGUGCGAUAUGCGCAUUUGCCCUCAAAAUGGUUGUCCGAGGUACAUGACCACCGUAGCUCAUACAGCAGCGCUAGCUGUCGGCUGGGCCGUACCAGGGUGCGGCAUGUCCUCUGGAGGGGAAUGCACAUGCGGCGAUAGCUGCAAGUGCGUGGGUUGUCCAGAACAUAAUCCCGCGUCCUGA